GAGAACAGUAGCUCGCUCCGCCCGGCGCAGCCCCUACUCUUCCCCCCCGUCCCGCCGGGGCCGUGGUUUCGGCCGGAAGCGGAGGGCGGUGCUGGCGCCGAGCUCCGGCUGCGCUCUCCGGCGAACAAUAGUGGAGUGCGGCGCGGGGCGGUUGGCGGUGCGAGGGGUGCGCGUUGGGAAGGGGGACGGUGCGGCGGCAGCUGCGGCUUGGGGAGCACGAUGAACGAGGAGCAGUUCGUCAACAUCGACCUGGACGAUGACAACGUGUGCAGCGUCUGCAAGCUGGGCACCGAGAAGGAGACGCUCUCGUUCUGCCACAUCUGCUUCGAGCUGAACAUCGAAGGAGUACCAAAGUCAGAUCUUCUACAUACAAGAUCUUUAAGGGGACACAGAGACUGCUUUGAAAAAUUCCAUUUAAUUGCAAAUCAGGACUGCCCACGUUCAAAGCUCUCUAGAAGCCCAUAUGCAGAAGUAAAAAGUAUCUUGAGCAAAAAAAUUAACUGGAUCAUACAGUAUGCACAAAACAAGGAUAUAGACUCCGAUACUGAAAGCUCAAAAACAUCCCAACACCCGCUUUUUAACUUGAGACAUCAGACUGAUAGAAAAUUGCUCCCACAGUUUGACUCUCCAGUACCUAGAUACUCUGCAAAAUGGAUAGAUGGAAAUUCUGGAAGCAUCUCAAACUGCUCACAAAGUCUGUUAGAACAAAGCGAACCCACUGAUUUCAGACUUGGUAUGUUACAAGAAGCAGGUGCUACGUUCUGUUGCAGCAGUGUCUUGUGGUCCAAUCGCAGCCAAGCCCAGAAAACUGAAAAAGCUGAAACUGAUUCUCUCACCAGUGUUCACAGAAGGCAUCCUCAUUACAGCAGGGAGGAAUUGAAUGCAAUGACUCCUGGAGAGUUAAAGCAGCUGACUGAAAAACUGCUCAAGCAAAUCCAGGAUGUAUUUGAGGAACUGACGCAACAAGUCCAAGAAAAGGACUCACUGGCUUCAGAACUGAAUGUCCGUCAUAUUGCUAUAGAGCAGCUGCUGAAGAACUGCUCCAAAUUGCCAUGUCUACAAAUGGGACGCGCGGGAAUGAAAUCAAAUGUCCCCAUAUGAUGGGGAUACAGCUCAUAUCCCCUGUAGAGCUUACUUUCCCUGGUGGCUUUGAUAACCAUUAAAUACAGCUGCACAGAUAUUUAGAAGCUUUUGAGGAAACUCAGGCAGCUUGCUCUUUGCAUUCCUAAUCCAUAUAAAGUCUUCAGCCACUUCGGUUUUAAGAAAACACACAAAUAUUGUAGGUAUUUAAACCUAUUAUAAUGGGGUUUAUUCCCAUCCUGGGUUUGUUUUUGCCCAUAACGAUGCAUGAACCUUGAACCAAAUUUUGUGUUCUGUUGAUAAUAAAAUUGUUUCUAACAAAGAACGACCUGAACCUGCCCAUUCCAUACAGAAGUAAAUCUGCCUACUUCAUACAGAGGAGGAAUAAAAAACUGAGUUUUGAUCAGAUUUGAUCAUGUUACAUCAAAGAGAGCUUUAACAGGAGAACAGUAUUAAUGAAACUCAUGUCUUAUUUAUUAUGAGCAAUAUUUUUAUUGAGAUUUUGUACUAAAUAAUGCUAUUUUAGAUACUUUUCCAAAUCUCUUUAUAAAAUGUCUAAACUACUCUGUGUAAAGUUUAUGCCUUGUGUAUGAUUGUUUAUCCUUUUUCAGGUCUGUAUCUUUCAUGAUACAAUGUUUAAGAGAAAAAAAAAAAGCGAACUCAAACCUUAUUUCCCAAAGAGAUGAAUUUCACUUCUUUAAAAAAAAAAAAAAAAGUGGUGGUGCAUCACCUAUUUUUAUCAAAUUUGUAACUGAAAAAUUUGUUUCAUGAGAGGUUUAAAAAAAAAAAGAAAAGCACAGCACUUCAUAAUACAAUCCAUACUUAGGAUUUAAUGCAUAGAAGUUGUUUUGUAUGUGUGAAAUUUUCAAUGCUGAAAAAGAUGACUUCAAGAAACUAAAUAAAUUUGUAAUACUGCA